AUGGCCAAGUUACUACAGGUAGUUCUCCCCAUGUUGAAUUUGAUUUGGAGCGCAUUUUUUGAGCAUGGACAACGCAAAAAUCAAGUAAGGAUUUCCCUUUUAUUUUUGUUGUUUCCUUAUACGUUUCAGACGAAGAUGCGUUUCAGAUUCAAGCAAGUGUACAUGAAAGACCAUCUUUUGGGGUUAAAGAUCACAAAUUGGCUACAAUUAGUUGCAAAUUUAUAGUAAUUUCUGUGUUUGGUGAUUUCUUCCUUCCUACAGUUGUAAUUUUAUGUUCAAUACACACUCAGACAAGGAUAUUUUUUAGCCAAAGAAAAUACGUGUCUACGUUCAAUUCAUUAGUAGUUAACAGAAGGAAAGAGAAAAACUGAGUAUGGAAAGCUGAAAUGAAGUGUUAAUUUUUACAAGUAAUCAAAUGAUGUUUCAUGCAAUUUGGAAACAUGAGCUAGUUUACCUUUCUGAAGACUACAGGUGGCAGUCGCCCAGAUUUAUUCAAUUUUGCAGUAUUUUAAAAGUUUAUGUAUGCUUAUUUAUUUUAAGUUGUACUUGAAAUCCAUUAGUUGACUUUGUAGAUGCUAAUUUCCUAGAGUAAUGAGAAGAUCUAUUCAUAAUAUUACAAUGAACCGUGUCUGUUGAGGCCUAAUUUUUCAUUGGUCUGUAGAAUGUUCUUCAAAAAAGGAACAGUGUGUCAUAAGCUUUGCUGUGUGUAAUUGAUAUUGUAUUUAUUGAGUUUCAUCUUCUAUUUAUCAAAAGAGAACUGGUCAAGACAAGGGUGAGAGAAAUACAAUGGUUGUAGUUUCCCCAUUUGAUGAAAGUGUUCAAGGGGAUCUCACUGAUGCUAUUGAAGACAUAUUAGAGAAAUUCCAUCAAGCUUUUCUUGGUUGCUCUCUGUCUGCCUCCAAUUUGUCUCAGCUGGUUAACAACAGGAAAAAAAUUAAUUGCUUGUACCAAGGUGAGCUUAAUUAAAUGGUAUCUGAAAAGGUGCACAGUGGAACAUGUAUUAAGUUGUCACCCAUGAGGAAUGGCAAGAUGACUCAGUAGUUAGGAAACUGAUUGUUUAAUACAGGGUGAUAGCUUAAUAGGGUGCCACUUAAUACAGGUUGGACUGAAUUACUUAAUGUGUUCUCCAAUUUUCGUAAGUAAAAGAGUAACGAGCUCUUCUGUAAAACUUUUAAGUUUUUUUUUUAUGUCAAGUUUUAGUUUUUAUACAGUACCAAUUAGUCAUUUGUCUAAAAAUAUCCUUACCUUUUUCCUUUCUGCAAAACUUGCCUCUCUUUGUGAGUAUUUAAAGCGUUUAAAUGAAUAUAUUUUACCUACAGGAAACGAACAUGCAAUGUUGCAGAGAGUUUUAUUUAUGGUUUUUUAUAUGUUAUCUAGCUUCUUGAAAUAUUGGUUUUAGGGAAAUUCAGCACAGGAUGACUCAUUUUUUGUUGAUUGAUAAUUCAUUAAUGUUAAUUAACAUUGGUAUUACAUAACACAUUAAUUAACAUCAUCCAAAUCUUUUCAUGGGAUGCUUCUAUACUGGAUACACUUACCCUCAUUCUGAGUCUGCCUUCUGAAAGGACCUUCCACUACACUUAGUCGUCUAAUGGAGGAUUAGUCUAACUAACAUAAUGGAGCUCUUAACUUUACUAUGAUUGUGAUAGUUGAUGAUAGCAUACAAAUUGAUACAAAUUGAGGCAGUAAUGGAAGUCAGUCUAUGUUUGUUGACAAGUUCAAUGAACUGAAUUUUUUAGAGCAGUCUAGCUUAUAAUUAUAAUAAUAAUAAUAAUAAUAAUAGUAAUAAUAAUAAUUACUUUAUUGGAUAACACAAUUACCGGUAGAACCAGUAGUUCUCAUUGUGGUCCCCUAAAACUUCAAAUUCAAAUAGCAAAAAUGCAAAGAAAAAAUACAGUUAAAAAUUGAAAAUUAAAAAUUGAAUAAAAAUUUCUGCUUACAGUAAAAUUGUCAACUCUGGAGUUCCAAUCUAUAUGUUUUCUUAUAAAGUUGAUUUUUAAAUUUACCAAGGGAAGUGAGACCCCCUAGUGGCACCGUCUAGGUCAAUUACCAAGUAAAGAAAGAAGAAAGCAACUCAACCCAUACCCCUCCAAAAAAUUAAUCUUGCAUUAAUAGCAAUUGCCUAUGUUUUUGUUUGGUAUGCAAGAGAAAUAGAGGAAUAGAGGGAAAAUGUAUGUUAAGUACAUGUUUAGGAUGAAAGUAAUGUGACAUUAUGUUUUUUUUCUUAUUUGUAUGUUUUAGGACAUUGAAAAGUCAAGGAAAUCAUAGCAUUAGGGUUGUAGUGCAGUAUUUUGAUUUGACCACAGCUAUUAGACUCACAGCUAUACAGUAUUGUACUUGUAUGGUACACUACCUUCUGUAAUGUGAUGUUUUGUUUUUUUGAAAUUUUGUUGUAAUUUCUUCAGUUCUUUUUUACUUAGUUCUAGAUCACAGAAAUGUUUUUAAAAGAAAAAAUAGGCACAUGUGUAUCAACCAUACAUACUAUUUAUUUUCUAGACUAUGCAUUUCUGAGAAGCAAUCCACAUGUAGAGGCAAUGUGCACCUGUAUACAAGCUUUAGAGAAUGGUGACUUUCAGCUGCUUACUAAAAUUGAUAACAUUCUGGUGAGUGCUAUUUACACUGCAUUAAUUUAAGACACUAAAUGAUGUUUAAUGGGAGCAAAUUAUUAAAGAUUUUGUUCUUUUGAACUUUCAGCUGAACAAGAAAAAGUAUGUUGAUCUGUGGUUGCAGGGAAGUGUGAACUUUAACACUGGUUUACUUCAGUCCUCUAUCAUAGACAAAGACAUCCAGGGAAAAGAUGUUGAAGAGCUUCCUUCAUCAAACAGCUCAGGUUGCAGUAGUGAAAAGGACUUCUGUCAAAAUGUCUCAUUAUACAAUUCUCCAGAGGAGAGUAACAUUGAAAUAACUGAUGAAUCAGUUUACCCUUCAGUUGGUUUGCAGGAAAACCUGCAAUAUUGCCCUGGGUCUGGCCAUAACUGUUCAUAUUUACCGACAAACAUAAAUGAUCAAACUCUUGGGCAUCAAUGUUUAUCAAGAAGUGGAUCCCAUACAGAGCAGAUAGUAAGAGAAAAUGUCAAAGUAAAUUGGUCUUCACAAGCUUCUACAACUUUUGGACCCUUGAAAACAAGGGAUAGUGUAAGAGCAACUUUAGCUUAUGCAGCACUGUCUGUUGUAAUGGAAAGUGAUGAGGGUAUUCCUUACACUGCAAUGUGGCUGGAUGCUACUGAUGACAAAAAAUCAUGCAAAGUCAGAAGGGCAAGCACUGGUAGUCUUAACAAAUAUUUUUUGCACUCUCAAAGUGACAAAUUAAUAAACAAUGGGAUGUUAGAAGCAGCCAACCUUGAAACUAACUCAGCAGGAUCAUGUGGCAAAAAUUUUAACAGCUCUACUGAGUCUGUUACAGAAUAUCAAACUAGGAAAGCUAUUGGACACAAUAGGUCAAAGUCAGAUCAGCUUGGUGUGACACAAAUUCAGAAGCAGGAGUUCAUUAAUGAUCUGGCUCUAAGUGGUGGAAACAAGGAGAAUUCCUGCAGUGAUCUUAACAGAUUGUCAUCUUCACUUCCUGCUACAUCAGGUGAGAAUUUGAAGCAAUUCUUCAUUCUCGGCAUGAUGUUACCAAUACCUUGUGGAACUAUUCAAUUUUUCUUGUAGAAUCUCUGUACUGCAUUGACCCAUACAUGGAUGAUCCUUAUCAAGAAAAAUCACUGGCAACACUUCUAGCAUCACAGGAUUUUAGUUCUUGUGAAUUAGACAAGGUAUUUGCCUCUAACAGCAACUGUUUUAAAAUUUAAUUUCAUAUAGCAAAAGAUUCAAAAACAAAAGGAUCAGUAGCACAGUACAUAUGAACAAUAGCGUAACAUGCAAGAAAAAUACAAAAUAUUUAUAAAGGAAUCAAAAACCUCUUGAAACUCUUUACUUAGAGAAUAUAUUACAGUUCUUUCACUUAUUGCUUUAUUUUGGGACAUUUCGGUUAAUUUCCAGCAAUUUCUCUAUUACCCAUGAUGCAUUGCGACCCCACCCAUUUUCAUUUGCAUGAUCUCUUUCACGUGUACCAGGCUUGCUACAUAGCAAAAAGCUUCUAGAAGCUUCUAGGGUGGUUACAAAGCUGUUGUUUUUCCUUCGAUUGCACGUAGCCGAGUGAAAUGGCGGUCGAAGUGGUCGAGAGUUUUCGAAGUGACGCGCGGCUGUUUUCGCUUUCUUCCCUCAAUGUAACCUGAAACCCUGAACGAAAUGUUUCAAAACGUUUGGGAUUUAGAAAAACGCUUCUUGUUCCCUCAAUUUGUUAUAUUUUCUCGUGAAAAUGAGCAGUUAGCUUCGUUAUGAGAUGAGAAUGACACCGCAGGAAAUUAACAUGUUUGGUCCAACGCCGGCAGUACUGCGGAUGGCUUACAUUUGGCAUUGCAUCCUUUAUUUACGGAAAGACGCGGUAUGUUUCAUAGUGUUUGGGAAUCAAACAUUUGCUUCAUUCUCAAGAUUGAAAUACGCAAAGUCGCCAAAACUUUCAGGACUGGCUCUUCAGAAGAUGAGAAUUCCAUUGUAACAAGCUUUUUACUAUCACGGCAUUCUAUGCCGCCGAGGGGAAUACCUUUCUCCUGAUUUCAUGGACUGAAACAUGGAGCGUGAUGCUUGUACACUUGAACAAAAAGUGCUAUUUUUCUCUAAGGAUAGUCUGUCUUUCAAAUUUGUACAUAUACAUCUGAAAUCUCUGAUUUAUUGUGAUAUUUUAGGUGAUUUUUUCCGUUGAUAUCUUCUGCGAGAAACACAAGAAAUUUUAAGAUAAUGAUAAUUUUGUGUAUGGGAAUGUUACGCGUGACGCCCUAAAUUAUGCAUAUUUUUGGAAAAAUUAAAUUUGUAAAAAAAUGAGAAUUCAAUAAAAAUCCAUGAUAUUACGCAAAGUUGUAGAGUAUUAUGUCUUUUUUAUUUGUGCCAAGUCUCGGCAUUGUAGCUGGAAAAGUACGAGAGAUAUUUUUGUUUAUGUUUGCUUCUCUGUGUUUGUGCACGUGAACUGUGCUACUGAUCAAGCAGAAAAUGAUAUGCUAACAUAGGAAAAGUUUAUGUGACAGGCAUUAAACUGGACCACCUAUCAGUGAUGAAAAGAUGAUAAAGAGCUGGCUGCCAGAUACAGUGAAAACCCAUUUAGAAAAAACUGUUUUUGCAUUUUUCUGUAAAUCUACCAAACAUAUACCUGCAUUCAAAGUGACAGAAAUUAUUGCCAACAAGCCUUUCCAGCAACUCUGAAAAUUUUUUGUGGGAUCACAUAUAUGACACAAUUUAUUUAAUAACAAAAAUUUGUUGUCUGCAUAUCCUUUUUUUAAAAAAAAUCUUGAUAUUGGGCAAGCAAUGAAUGAAAUCCAUAUUUCUAUUUUCCACUUCUUCACUGGUGUGGUUAUGGCUGUGAUUUGUCUUCAUUUGAAUGUGUUCUUUUACAGGAGAAUGCCCAUUUUAGUAUAUCUGAAGCACUGAUUGCAGCAAUUGAACAGGUGUGAAGUCACUUAAUAUGUGCAACUUCUUUAUUUCACUAUUUCAUAUUCAUAUUUUAAUACCUUAUAGAAGUCACGGCCUUCAUAAGUUAAACAAAUUGUAUCUUUCUACAUGUUUAGGAAUGUUGUAUUUCAUAUAAACAGUGUAGUGUACUGUGGUAGUGUCUAAAUACAUUCAUUAAACAAAAGUUGGCAAAAUCUUUCACUGUGAGUUUUUAAAGGAGAUGCAUACUCUAAAAAGCAAUUUUUAUUGCCACUUUUAAAAUGUACAGGUAUGUUUCAAUUCUUUUAAACUAAGCAUGUUUUUAGACUCCAAAAAGUAAGCCCACUUUUUUUUUAAAUUCUUCAAAAUAUUCAACUAAAAAUACCAUUUUGUGCACUGCUUUGUAAUUUGCGUACCAAUCUGUGAAAUCUUCCCUGGCCCAGUUGUUGAAAGGGAGGAUAUUGCUAACCAACAGAUAAAUCACUAUCCAGCAGAUGACUGUAAACUAAACAUACUGGACCAUCCACCACAUAGGGAUUCAUCCAGUGGAUAAAAUUAUCCACCAUUUGAAAAAAGCAGAACCAGUUCUUGUACAUGUUAGUUUUGGAUGUGUAUAGCUAAGAUACAGAGUUUUUGUUGUUGGUGGUUGUUUUUAAAAUGGCAUCCUAAGGAUAGGACUUAAACCUAUUUGAAGACAGUAUUUUAACAGUUAGCUUGUACAUUGUUUUGAAUGGUAGGAAUUAAAAUCAUACAUGUACAUGGUUUGGAGAGUAUAAUUCUUCAACAUGAUGAUGCUUUCUUAAUCUGGGUGUCCUAGAGUUUUCUCGAUUUGAAUGAAUUUAUGUUGUGUAUUAUCUCUAGUAUAUUGUGAAAUGAAAAUUUUAUUGAAUGAGAACCUGGUCACUUGACUGAAUUUCAUACAGAUGAAGUGUGAUGCUGUCAAUGCAUCAGAGGAGGAGGAGGAGGAGGAGGAGGAGGAUGAAGAAAUCCUUUACUUGAAGAAAGAACUUGAGAGAAAGAGGUGGGAGAAAAGGCAAAGAAAAAAUUUGCAAGAACAGGCUGCCUUUAGUGAUGAAGCCACCCAAUCUACAGCCUCUGAACCCAGCAUGCAGACAAACUCUUCAAGUGAGUCAUUAUAAUAGAAAAAAAAAAAAACAGAAGUACCCAAAGAUUAAAUUCAAUUACGAGUCAAUACUCCUUUCUCUGCAAUACAAGAUUCUGCGAUUCCCAUAAAUUUUACAAAGUGUUAUUGAAUUGAAACAACAAAAUUAAAGUUCAUGGAGGAGAAAUGCUACAAUUCAACACUGACCAGAACGAUGGUUAGAUAUGCAUCUUGAGUACUGCAGUAUUGGUUGAAUCCUGUUUAUUACUUGGCAGCACAUAUAUGUGUAUAUCUUGAACUUGCAAUAGUUUUAUGAGCUACAUGUAUUUGUAUUAGUAUAUGUAAAAACAUUAUUUUGAGUGUAAUUUGGUGUUAAUAAGCACAAGUAAAUUUUUCAAAGCCAUUAAAAUUGCAUGAGCCCAUAGGGCAAGUGCAAUUUAUAGUCUUAAAGAAUUUCAAGGGCUUAUUUACACCAAAUGGCACUUGGGUUACAAGUUUGCAUUUGUGUUACAUGAAAUAUAAUUUAGUGUGCAAACGUUACCAGACACUUGGCUUCUGUAAGAGGAUCUCAAAAAAUAAAGUAUCCUGUCCAGAAUUUUCAAGUGAUGUAUAUGCAUAGUGAACAAGAAUCAUGAAUGGACCUGACUGUUCUAGCUUAUUUUAAUUCAGCUAAGAUUUUUCAGAACUAAGAAUAACUAAUGAUUAACUGUAAGGAAAAAGAUUCUUUGAGCUGGUGAUUGAUUUUGUUUGUGUGGCACCUGACAUCAAACACAUUACUUCUAUUAUCUUUGAUACUGUACUGUAAUUAUAAAAAAGCUCAUGUGAUAUGGAAGAAUUACUGCUUGUCAAAGCAGUACAGUGAUCUAUUAGCAUUAAAAUAAUAUGGAGAAUUGAUUGAACAAGGAGAGAAGAGGCUUUCAUUUCUUUGUAUUUCUUGGUGUUUAGUUUCCUAUUGAAAGAUUUUUUCAAAUGAAUCAAGAAACUGUUUUGGAUUGGGGUAUUCUUUUGAGUGAAUAUUAAAAUGAAGUGCUUGGCUUCUAAGCAACAAAAAUAUAUUUGACAUUUGAGUUAUCAAAAAAAUAUAUGUGACGUUUGAGUUAUCUGGGUUCAAGCACUCUCCCUCUGUAAAAAGGUUGUGUGUUAAAAAAAUUUGUCUCAAUGGUGCCCAUUUUGAAUAAUUGUCCCAAAAAAAAUGUACUGACUUUAUGAAACAUGUCACAACUAAUUGUUUUUACUUUAACAGCAAAUCAAAGUGUUUUGUCUCAUUUAGGGUCUGUAUUUGACAGUGAAGAUGAGCUCAGUACUGAGUGGGAAGAACUAAGUCCAACAGAUGAACAAUUUCAGGAAAACAAUGAAUUCCGUACAUCCAAUGCUACACCCUCUUAUCCUAGCUCUGUGACAGACACUGUAUUAGACUCAGUGCAUAAUCCAAAUUCCAAGCUGCACUAUACCCAGUUGUCUGCUGAAGCAGUAGCCAAAAGCUUGUUGCAGAAGUUUGCCAACCAAAAACACCCAGCAGCAUGGGAACUGCAAUGGUUAGUAUCAUUUCAAGAUGCUCCUCAGUCCUUGCUUCCUCUACCAGAUACUGUGGCUGUGGCACCAGAUGAUAUCCUUCAAGUUGAGGCACUAGAGAAUAAACUAAUGUCCAGACAAAACUCAUUGCCAGUGAGUACUAAAUCAUCCAUAACUAAGGUGUCAUUUUAAGACAAAGGUUUGAUCAAGGCUUGUCAAGGAAACCAAGAUAAUAAUAUGGAGGAAUGAGGGUUGAAAUGGAGUAGUAAUGAAAUAGCAAUUCUGUCCAUUAUGUUGUGAAUAAGAAGUUACCUAUAGAAAAUUUUCUUGUGCACUGUAUAGUGAUCUAACCUCUAUAUUAUUAUGUAUGUCGACAUGUAUGUAAGAACAAGUGGUUGAUUAACAUGGUUGUUAAAAAACAAUGCAUCUUUCAAUUUCAGAGCCGUAUUCGGGGAAACUCAGAAUGGGCCCCUCCACGGGCACAGAUUAUUUUUCAUACUCAUAAACCACCUAGGUAUGUGUCCUAUAUAUUGAACAGUUUGGAGUGUUACCUAUUUGUGAGAUGAGCAAGCCAUUUAGGCCUGUAUGAUAUGGGAUUUAUUACAACCAACUUGGUGCUACAUGCCUGGUUAGCUUUACCAUCUAAUAUCCAACACAAACUCAAAGACUAACUUUUAAAUAGUCAAAAACUAGGUGAUCUGUGUUAAAUUAGCAUUGCAGUAAAUUUUUGUGAUGGAAUAGUUUCUUUAGGGAACCAGUAAUAUUUUUAGGCAUUUAAAAGAAGGGACUAGCUUUAAUUGAGUUUGAGUUGUUUAUUUAAUAAUACUCCACACUGUGUUUGGCAAAUUCAAAUAUUGCUAAGAUUCUUCCUGUCAUCUAAGCUCUUCAUAUGGUUUUACAAUCAUAAGCUAAAUAUAUAUGUCAAGAAAGAAAAGAAAUUCCACAGAUUGAAGGGUAAAUAUUGUAUGAAGAAAUUAAAGAAUGUGUAAAUACAGGAUUUUGCUUGAUAAUAAGGUUGUCAAAAAACGAACCAAAUUCCAACUUCAGUGGCUGCUGCAGCAUGUUUCGUGGGCAAAUUUUCAGCUCUUGUAAAUUUGAAGUAAAAAAGAAGCCAAUGCCUUUAAAGUUGCAUCAGAAAAUUUUUUAGGAAAAGUGGUUCUUUAUUUUGGACCAAAGAGAGAUAAAUUCAAGAUUCCAUUGUGGAUUUAUGGUCUUAAAAGCCUUACAGAUCAGUGCAUCUUGCUUUCUUUCAAAAACUGUGUUUCAAUUACGUAAAAUUAAUUGUGUGCUUGGAAGGCAAGGGCUGAUUAUUAUGAUUGAUAGACCAAGGUAACUAAUUUGUGCCCAAAUUUCAGGAGAAAAGAAUGUAUGAGACAGCAAAACUUCAGAUGUGCUGGUUGUGGUAUGGCAGUCUCUCCAGGCAAGUUGUUAAAAAGCAUUAUUUAAGUUCUUUUUAGUAUCUACAGAAAAAAAGACUUUCUCUUUAUAUCUUAAUUAUAUCAGUAGGCCACUUAGGAGCCCUUACCAGAAUCUUGGUCCUGAAUUUGGCAAAAUUUGCUCUGAUGAAGGGCUAAUGCUUCAAGCAUCAGCUUUCAAACUCAUUGCAGUGGCAAAUUUGUUAUCAAUUCCUAUAUGCUAGUAUACAUGCAUUUUGUUCAUUUUUACAGCCUCUUCAUUAAUUUCUCAGAGUUAUGACAGAGAAACUUUCAAAAUACUGCAGAUUCCCUUAUUUGAUAUUUAGACCACAAGUGCUUGUCCUUACUAUUUUCAGUUACUGUUUUCAUAUAUUUUGUUUGAAUUUUUUGAUUGUUUACCUUUUUCUGUUGGGGUUUACAAUAUACUUCAGUCAUUGACUUUGCUGGAGAACAUGUGGACUCUACUGGAAACAAUUGUGAGACUGAGAAAAAUUAUUUUUCUAAUAAAUUGAUGUAGCAUAUACCUCAUGUCCCUGUAGUGGACACAAAGUCCUUGUUUGCAGAGUUCUUGCUGCUUAUCAGUAGUUUGGAUUUACAAAUUUCUGUAUUUUAAAUAAGUAGUGGUUUUUUCCCUUUAGAUUACAUGAGGCGAUUUCGGUACUGCCACUACCUGGGAAAAUAUUUUUGUAGUACUUGUCAUAACAAUGUAUUGGAAGUGAUCCCUGCUAGAGUCUUAAGAAAAUGGGACUUCGCCAAAUAUCCUUUCCAUCUGAAAUAUAAUUUAAGUACUUUUUCUUAUUAUGUUAGGAUGAAGAGUUAAUUAAUUGGUAUUUAAAUGUUUCUUAAGCCACUUAUUUAUACAGAAGUUCCAGCAGCACCAUUUAAUGAUUUUAUUUAGCCAUUCUAUAUCAUGUGGGAACACUUCAUUGAGGUUUGGUAUAGACAAAGUAAUCAGACUAAACAAUAUGUAUUUUGCAUUUCAAGCUUGUAUGCCCUUUUUUUGCAAAGAAUAUUGGAAUCAAUUCAUUAUUUUGUCAAAAUACACCUAGGAAAUUUUGAUUGUGCUUAAUCUUGUUCACAAAAUCAAGGAGUCUUCCUUUUCCAUCAAGAAAAUUUUCAACCUUUGCUCAAGAAGGAAAUAACACUGGAGAGGUGUUUUUUGUAUUCAAAUCUGUACUGAUCCACAUGCUUGUACACAGACAUUGUAAGUCUAACUAAAAAUAAUUUGGAAACACUAAAAGCCUUGUUCAAAUGGUCAUGAUAGCUGAUGAUAGUUUCAACUAUUGUGCUUGUUUGAAUGUGAACUAUCAUGCACUAACAUUCACUACCAUCAACUAUCAUCAACUAUCAUGUAGUUUGGACAUGUUAAAAUUUGACAUGAUAAUUGAUGAUAGUUUUUGCCAUUUGAAUGAGUGGAUGAUAGUUUUUUGGUCAGUAGUUUUGCUUAAAAAAGGGCUCAAACAAUAAAAAGUAGCCACCAAAAAUUUGCAGAAUGUAGUAAGUACAUUUCCAACUGUUUGGGGCAUAGGAAUAUCACAAUUUUAAGAGGGGUUCCAAAUAAACUGAUUACACAAUAAGUGUUUACACUGGUAGGUUCAGCUGCACUUUCUCUCACCCUUUCUCAGAUAAUUAUGUUCCUGUUGUAUCAUGCAUAUGUGAUAUAGCCUUGUUCAUUUUAUGACACAGUUUUGUUUAUUCCACAAACUUUUGUUCAUUCAUUGGUUUCAAGUGUUUCAUGGUUACAGCAAUGAGUGUCUUUAUAAUGGUACCCAUUCACCUCGCCACCAAAGUGUAAUCAAUCUUGUCACUAAACAUAAUGAUCCAGUAGCAAUUGAUGUAAUUGUAUUAAGUGUAGCUAGAGGAUGUUGGAUUAAACAAAUAUAGGUUUGCUUGAGCUUGUUGUUAUCAGGUAAAAAAUUAACAGGAUCUCCUUGUGAGCUUUAAAAGCAGUCUUGUUUUGUUGAUGAAAAAGUGCAUGCCAUCACUGACAUUUCUUGUCGAUCUUGUUAUUCAUUUGUUCAAGUAGAAAGUUACAGUCAAUUUGGCUUACCUUUCCUUUCAUGAACACUCUAAAUAUUCUCAGGCUAGAAUUCAUCAUUCAGUAGUCUGUUUGAUAUCUUCUUUAGUCAGAUCAAAUUGGUGGCUUUUUAUUGUUUCUGCCAUCUCAAAAAGAACUACUGAGCCUUCAGCACAGUUUUGCAGUAUUCCUCAUGGGAUUCUAAUGGCAAUGUUUGCAAGACUCCAGAUGAAACUUAAGAGUCACUUAUAGCUUUGAAUUUAUACCAAAUUAGCUAGCGACCUUGGUGGCCAGUUUACUGAUGGCAACUUGGUGGUGGCAAGAUUGCCCUGGUGGCAAGCUCACUGGUGGCAGGAUGACUGUGUACCUUAAUAAUGAGUGUCUUUAUAUUGAUAAGUUUUCAUAAACAGGUUAAUCAUGUACGAUGUUCACUAGAUUUCUAAUCCUGUCAAUGUUGCAGACCAAAUGUGUAAUUUAUUUACUAUGUGACAAUGUGUGUACACCGUAACAAAAGAUUGUGAUUAAUCAGGUUGCUCUGAACUCAAGAUGUAGUUUAAAUCUAUAAAUUUUGUCAGCUUUUGAAACCAUUCUCCUCUUUUACCUAUGUUUACUGCUGUUUCACUGGGUUUCCAUAACUUGACAUCAGAUAUGAGGUGUCUAAUUUUGCACGUGACUUACUGCACAGGAUAUCCUUUGAUCCUUUGUUUAAUCUGAUGGAUCUCAAUCCCUCAUUAUACAAGCGUUUUUCGAGUUCUAGAACGAUUGAAGGUAAUUUGGUUCACACUAAUGAUCUAUUUUUUUUUUUAUGUAUAUCGUGCCUGAUGCAAUAUUUUAUCUCUUGUCAGGAUGUUCGUGAGACGACUUCACUUUUUCAAGUCCUUUAUUCAAACAUGCCGUAA